AUAAAAUAAAUAAACAUGUAGCGACGAAUAUCGUCGAGAAUAUAACGACAGAAAAUACCUAACUAAAAGUUGGGUCGUCUCGAAACCCACAGCGAUCGGGAGUUAUAAUUAAUUCCAGAGGGUAUUUUGCGAUUUUGAAAGAGGGGGCAGCACAAAGUAAAAUCAAUAUUCAGCCGGGCCCCCCUUAGUGUACACAUUCAAAGGGCGCGGUAAGUGUCGUGUGCCGAGUAAGCUUUAUAGUUUCUCUACAUUACCGACAAAAACAGUGUAAAUAAUUAAGAAAAUGAAAUGUGUUUAAUGUGAUUUUAAUUUUAAAAUAACAGUGUGGUGUAUAGUUAAAUCGGUAACCUUACGAACAACGAUGAAGUUGCAGAAAAGCGUGCGUCUUUAUACUGAUAAACAUUUCGAGAACAUAGGCAACAUCUUCACAAAUCUUUAUGAAGACAGUUUAUUGACAGAUUGCAUUUUGUAUUGCAAAGAUGGAUCUUUGAAGGCACAUAAAGUUAUUUUAGCAGCAAGUAGCCGGUACUUUAGGCAAGUUUUCAUUGAACAUAACGACGACAAUGCUAUUUUUAUGUAUGGCAUCUCGUACAGUCAGCUCAAAAAGUUGAUCGAGUUAAUUUAUCGUGGUAGUAUUGACAUUCCUAAUGACUGUUUUGAUUCCGUUUAUGGAUUAUGUGAGGAAUUAAAAAUUACAGGUGUUAAUAUAGAAUCUACUGAAACAAGAACAAAUGGCGCUGGAAGGGAUACAAGAUAUAGAGGUCAAAAACGGGUUGCCGUGGAUUAUGAACACAAUAAGGACAAUACUUUUGUUUCUUCAACACCUUUAAAGAGUACGGCUGAAAGAAGGAGUAGUUCCAGUUCAGAAAAGUCACUGUCACUCAAAGAAUCAGAAAUCGAAAUAGAGUGUGAGAAUACUCCGGGCCAAUCCGAUCCUAAACCCGAUAUCGAAAACUCGAAAGAAGAGUCAAAUUAUACCGAUCAAGAUGGUUUGGACGAUCAGGAACACACAAGCGCUUGGGCGCGAAAAGAGAGGAAAUUUAAAUGCGAUAUAUGUCCCAGUAGUUUUAAGAGAGCUUCACAUUUAAACAGGCAUCAACUGGUACAUACCGGGGAAAGACCGUUCGCUUGUGAUCAGUGUGACAAGGCAUUUUCGAGACAUGACAAACUCAAACAUCAUAUACAUAAAACUCAUGAAUUGGGGGCGCUUAACGAAGCUCUAGGACCAGAUUCUCUUUACACCAUAGAUCGAGUGGAUAUUUUAACACCGGAAACAAAUAUUGUGGAACCCCAAAAAUUCGUAACCCCCGAGCCAGUAAUUCCAACUAUUUCUUCAGUAUCAUCGGUGGAAUUGCCCGAACAGCCGCAGAAAAAGAGAGGAAGGCCUCGAAAAUAUCCACCAUCUACCAAACCACUUGUUAAAAGACCAAGAGGGAGACCAAGAAUCAAACCUGAUGUUGCUCCUCACUUAAACAAAAGGCCUCGAGGUAGACCGCGUGUCAAGCGUAUUGGUGGUUCAUUGGAUAGAGGAACAUAUCAGUAUCUCAGCAGCGAUUUCGACAGUAUCGGUUACCUUCCAAAAUCCCAUCCGACUCCCAGUGAACUAGAAUCCAGCCAAGAGAUGAUGUCAGAUUUAGCGAAUAACGUAGAUAUGAUGACCCACGAACAAGGAAUUAUGGAACCGUUGGUAGAGAUCAAAACUGAUAACACAGAUACAGAAAUUUGUGCUAAACAAGAGAAAAUCCAACCACAAACUUCGACGAAUUCUUUUUUCGAAAAUAUCGGUUUAUUUGAAAAUACGACGACGAUAGCCAAAAUAGGAGAAUGUACCAUUUCGGUAGCUACAAGUUGUCCGAACAUCAGUGCAGUUAAUACAGGGGGCAAUACAAAUAACUAAUGUUAAUAUUAGUUUAGCUGGUUGAGGUAGUUUUGAUUCCAGCAGGUUUUCAUUCGUCUAAAAUUACCGAACAGUUUAUUUUAUCAUAUUAACUUAGCAGUUGAAGUAUUUUUGAAUAACCUUGUGUUUUAUAUUUAAUAUUGAGGGGGGGAAAAGGUGAUUUCGGUUUUUUCUCACUAUUAGUCAUUCUUAUGUAAGUCUAUGCGGAAACGUAAAUGCUCCAGACUUCUUUUGAAACCAGUUUCACACUAUUAAGUUAUUGUUUGGGAAACUGGAAUAAAUCAUAGUUUCUUGGAGCACCAAACUUGCUGUUUCCAUUAAAUCUGUUUCGAAACGAAAAAAGUUCUAUUACGAAUUUACAAUUUAGGAUUUUCUGGUAAAUUCAGCCUCCGGAUAAUCUCUUCGUCAAUAUACAAUAUAUCUUUGGGUUCUUUUUCCCUCCUGGUUCAACAUAAAAAACAGAUUUAAAAAUUAUAAUCGAGAUACAAAUCGUAUCUGUUUACCAACCGCUUUAAAUACAAAAAUCCUAUCGUACACAAAAGCUAUAAUUAAUAUAAUAUAAAAUAAAAGUAAUUUGAUACGUUAAUGAAACUUCAAGUGUCUUAGGGACACUUAGUCGCUUAACUAUGACGUUGGUUCCCAUUAAAAGCGAUUAGUGAACAAUAAAUAUUAACGAUUCAAUAGUAAUUAGAGGUUAGGUAGGUAGAUUUAUGAUUCUUAACAGUCACAUCAAUAUAAAACAAAAGUUAGGUUAGGGAAAAGAGGUAUCUCUGUCUGGGUUACAUUCGUGCUAUGUUGCCAGAUGUCAGAACAGACCAGUGUAGUUCGAUAAAGCAAUUUUUGAGUAAAUGACUUAUUACUUUGUCCUCUAGACUGUAAUCUACCAAAUUUUUAAUAUACUGGUUUUAUUAAUUCGGAAUUAUUAGAAAAAAACCGAAAUAAUUUUUUACCCUUUCUAUUAUUUUCAACUUUAUAUUCAUUUUUUGAUGAAAUAUACUUGAACUGUUACGUUUCUACUAUUAUAUAGAAGAUUUUUGCCACUUCUGUAUUUCUUUUUUCAAAUAAAUAACUAAUAAUAUGUUCUUACAUUGAAAAAUGUAUUCAACAAUUUUCUAAUGAGUUUUUAUAUUAUUUAUUGAUAUUAGUUUCACUGUUCGCUAAAUAUACAAAAUAUUUUUUACAA